CCCCAAGCGAGCCCGCAGUGGAAGCUGACCGUCAGCACAAGGCCGGUCGGCUUGGCCCGGGUCCAACCAACCCCCUCCCUCGGCGUGUCUCCAGCCUUCUCCCGCUAGCCUUGCCCGUCGGCGCCCGGUGCACUCAGACCCGUAUGUACGGGGCUCGAGGUGGACACGUCGGUCACUCGCUACAUUCGUACACGGCUCAAAUCGCUACAUUGUGGCGGUGACAACAUCACUGUUGCAAGGUACGGAUUCUAUUUGUUCCAGUCGGUGAUGACCUGAGGGGGUCUCUCUAUAAGCGUAUCUUUAUUAGAAGCACACUGCGAGGAGAUAGCGGAAGAUACAAGGCAUUGAUUCGUGUGGACACCAGCGGGCGGCGUGCUGUUGUUGUUGUCAAGUGGGACUUUGCAUUUUUCGGAAGUCCCUUUUCGACUAGGACUGGGACGUUACCAGUCAUGAUAACUGGGUGAGGAGUGAUCUAACAGAAAUUGUACUCUGAGAAACGCUACCGACGAAACUAGCCCAGGAUUCAGUGAAGUGCCUGUGGAAACGACAAAUUCGGACGAAGGAUUGAGACAACUUCUUCCCGACGACAAAGGACUAUCUGUGCGGAUUUUCAGGCCUUGUUUUCGCAGUUGAGGGAGUUUUUCUUUCCGUUACAGCCACAUUGACACCGCAGGCCAGCUGACCGGACAUUUGGGACUUGUUACCGCGAUCCAGGGACGACUGAGUCCCCUCUGUUGUUGUUGGGUCAGUUUCCGUUCUCAGCGACCAAACCCGGAACGGCGAAAUUUUCCCGGGAAAUUGAAACGUCCUGCUUCAUUUCCUAAGCUGCGUUUCCCCAAUUUUUGCAAGCAGGACUGUGUCGCAGUGUUAGAGUUUUGUUCGAAUCCCCAGGGACAAAAUUAAAGCAGCCUUUCAGCUGCCGAGAGCGGACGGAGAAGUUUGUUGAAAAGUUUGUUCCCGGAUAUUUUGGGUCAUUUCAUCUCUUCACAGGAAGAAGCGAAGCGUUUAGCUACUUAAAUCAUCGGUAGAAAAGGAAUGUGAAGAAAGCUGGAGUUGGAUUCGUUUCAGUUCUUGAGAAACGCGUUCGUGGACACUAAGAAAAGCAGUGAAGGUGGAGACUUUGCACAGAGAUCUUUGGAUAAAGCAUUCAGGCACUUCGUAAUUGGAAACAACGAGGAAUUCGAAGAUUGCUGUGAAGAAAGCUUCGAGGAUUUGUUUCGCUUCUUGACUGCAAGGAUUUCUAGGAAACACAGCGUUUGAAAAACUUAAGAAGAAGACGGGACGUUUGGAAGUGUGUAACUUUUCGGGUCUUCCAACUUGAGCCGACAGGACGUUUGGAUUUCUUAAAGAAAUGACGCAGAAUUUGAAGACAGAGGAAAAGAAGAUGUACUUCAUGUCGCUGCCACGGGGCAUGCGCAGCUUCCUGGCUAUCCUGGGAACGAUCUUCCUGGGCGUGCUGGGCUUCCCCGUUCUCGUGACCAACGUCGAGGCUCCCAUGGGCAUGCGCGUGCGCGUGGUGUCCCGGCCCAACUCGUGCGACAGGACGACUAAAGAGGGGGAUCUGCUGUCCGUGCACUUCAUGGGCAGUGUCGGGUCAACGGACGGCAGGGUGUUCGACUCAAGCUACCACCGAAACCAACCCUUGCAGUUCGUGGUUGGACGAGACCAAAUGAUUCCGGGGUGGGACCAGGGUCUGAUGGACAUGUGUGUCGGGGAGAAGCGGGAACUCAUGAUCCCUCCUCACCCCUCCCACAUCGCGUACCUUGGACCGGGCGCGCACUCCGCAGGAAAACAGUUGGACGAGUCGCCCUUGGUCUUCAACAUUGAGCUGUUGGAUAUACUGGACUCACCCCCCGCCCAUGAUGCGUUUGCAGAGAUCGACAAAGAUGGGGACAAGCUGCUUUCUGCAGUGGAGGUCCAAGACUACGUCAAGACGCUGGUGGCUGAAGGUCUGGAGAUUCCAGACGGGAAGAACCUGACUGAGGUAUUGUGGGAAAUCUUCGAGCACGAGGAUCGCGAUCGCGAUGGUUUCAUCUCGCACUCGGAAUUCUCCGGACCGAAAAGGCACGACGAACUUUGACAACAAUAUCCCGAAUCAU